AUGUUGUCUUCUAAUAGUGCAGCAAACUCAGAGGGCGAAAAAGUUCCGCCCAACGAAAAUCAACAUUCGGAUUUCUUCGAUUCCCAACUAUUCCGCUAUAUUUCGGUAUUUUUAUAUUUGGGCGGCAUUAGUGGUUUGGGCAUGGCUUUAUCAUUUUACUAUUUAAUAUUUUUCGAUUCAAGUAUGCCCGAAAUUCAUUUUAAAUUUCCCAUUUCGGUCAAUGGCAUACCAGUGCAAAAGAUACAGGCAAUUAUUAAUUAA